UAAAACAAUCAUCGGCCCAUUUUUAGGCUUCAUGAAAAGCAGCAGCCUUUCAGCUCAGAGGCCAGAGCAAUGAGCAAUCCGAGAGGCCCGUCUGUAGAGUUUAAAGCUUACCUCGAGGAGAGCUAGAGAAGGAGUGACGUCUAUCUGCAGUUGAAUGUCAAGUUUUGAAGGCUUUUGACUUUCUCUGGUGAUUGUGUCCUGGAAUGGAGAGAGAGCUAAUAGUGAAGCACAGAAGAAUAGAUGCUAAUAUAUGGCUCAAAGUAGCUGCUAUUUCCGGAGCUGCAGCUCUUGGGUUGGGCACAUAUGGUUUCCAUAUCUUCAAGCCUCAGAAUCCCGCUUUCAAAGAGGUAUGGCAAACAGCAUCUCUAUACCAUCUGGUUCAUACUGCAGCUCUUCUUGCUGCCCCUAUCACUAAGAAUUCCCAUGUUUUUGGGGGCCUCUUGACUGCUGGGAUUCUUGCUUUCUCUGGGACGUGUUACAUUGUGGCUUUACUUGAGGACAGAAAGUAUGCUGCCUUGGCUCCAUUUGGUGGCUUUGCAUUUAUUGCUGCUUGGGCAAGCUUGCUUUUCUGAGUCAUAUCUUUCAUUUCUGCAUUGUUUGCAUAUCUAUGUCAUGGGAUCAAUAAUUUGUAUAAUUUUACUUGAUGUCAUGUAUAUAAUUUUGUAACUUGUAUUGCACAGGUGUGUUUGAAAAGUGUAAAAAUGAAAUAAUUCAAAUGAAGUGAAUUCUUUUGACUAAA